AAUUCUUCAGUUGUCGGUAACGCUUGGCGAUGAACACAUUCGGAUUGUUUUUAACAAGUCGAGCUUGUCCUUUCGUUUCGAAUUCGUCGACGAACAUCAGCGGGGAAGGAAUUCAAAAGAACAAAAAAGAAUACAACAACGAAGUAUAGAUUCCGGUCGCACAGGAACUUGUGUGUAGUGAAUAUUAAGUAAAGGACGUGUAUAUGUUGUUGAGGUGAAGUGGGACCGAUAACAGGAGUUGAAUUCUUUUGAGUAGAAAGCCGUGAUCGUUCGUUUCGAGCCCUGCAUGAAGGCGACGUGUCGUUUGUAGUAAUCUAAAGGAGUGUCAUUGUUUCCAUUAUUAUUAUUAUUAUUACGGUCGUGGUAACUACACAAUAGGUACAUGCACUAGAAGACAAGGAGGCAUAAUGUUGACGAUUCCCACAUUCCGAUGGUUGCUGCCUAUAUUUAUGCUCUUAUGGAAAAUAAAAGCUGAAUCGCAAAAUGCAAGGAUUGUUUGCUACUACACCAACUGGUCGGUUUACAGGCCUGGUACAGCAAAAUUUAAUCCUCAAAAUAUCAACCCCUACCUUUGUACGCAUCUCAUAUAUGCUUUUGGAGGAUUUACGAAAGAGAACAACUUUAAACCCUUCGACAAAUAUCAGGACAUUGAAAAGGGUGGAUAUGCAAAAUUCACGGGGCUUAAAACGUACAACAAACAGCUGAAGACUAUGCUAGCCGUCGGAGGUUGGAAUGAAGGGUCGUCUAGAUUCUCCCCAAUGGUUGCAAGCCCUGAAAGAAGAAAGGAAUUCGUCAGAAAUGCAAUUAAAUUCCUGAGACAGAACCACUUCGAUGGCUUGGAUCUUGACUGGGAAUAUCCAAGUUUUAGGGAUGGUGGAAAGCCAAGAGACAAGGAAAACUAUGCUUUACUUGUUCAGGGUCUUCGAGAGGAAUUUGACAGAGAAUCCGAAAAAACCGGAAGACCGAAGCUUUUACUUACGAUGGCUGUUCCUGCAGGAAUCGAGUAUAUCAAAAAAGGAUACGAUCUCGAGAAACUUAAUAAAUACUUAGAUUGGAUGAAUAUUUUAAGUUACGAUUACCAUUCUGCUUUCGAACCUUCCGUCAAUCAUCACGCACCGCUCUACUCUUUGGAGGAAGAAUCCGAAUACAAUUAUGAUGCAGAUCUCAACAUACAUCACACCGUGCAACACUAUUUGGAAAAUGGGGUGGAUAGCGAGAAACUGGUACUCGGUAUUCCGACGUAUGGAAGAUCCUAUACACUUUUCAAUCCGGAAGCCAAUGAAAUGGGAGCUCCGGCUGAUGGCCCUGGAGAUAUGGGUGACGCCACCAGAGAAAACGGCUACUUGGCCUAUUACGAGAUUUGUGAAAAAGUAAAAUCAGAAGGUUGGACAGUAGUUCAACCAAAUGAAGAUGCCAUGGGUCCAUACGCGUAUAAAGAAAAUCAAUGGGUAGGAUAUGACGACGAAAAUAUUGUAAAAAAGAAGGCUGAGUAUGUUGCCGAAAAUGGAUUGGGCGGUAUCAUGUUUUGGUCCGUGGAUAACGACGACUUUAGGGGAAACUGCUUUGGAAAACCCUAUCCUCUCAUUGAAGCUGGAAAGGAAGCAAUGAUAGCUGCAACCAGUAAUGUCAUUUCGAGCAAAAAACCAUCCAAAACCAAACCUUUAAGAAAUCGCAAACCUUUCAAGAAAAUUGAAAAUAAAGAUGAAAAUUCUGUUAUACAAAACAGUGGAGGAAGACAAAAUGGUGAAGUUACAUCACAUAGAAGGCGUAUCAAUGCCUUAAGGGAAAAGAAUAGGGAUGAUGAUAAAGACUCCAAACGUCGUUCUGAUAUUUUUAAUAAUCGUUCAAGUUCACGAAAAAAAGGAGGGCGAAGACGGCCAACCACCACCACUUCUACAACCACCAGUCGAAGUAUUACCAGCACAACCCCUAAAUAUUACACGCCGGAACCUCCAACAACUCCUGAUUCAGGAAGUGAUUUUAAAUGUGAAGACGAAGGAUUCUUCCCUCAUCCAAGAGACUGCAAGAAGUACUUCUGGUGUUUGAGCAGUGGACCUUCUGAAUUAGGAAUUGUUGCUCAUCAAUUUACAUGCCCUUCAGGUCUUUACUUCAACAAGGCAGCAGAUUCUUGUGAUUAUACACAAAAUGUUUUCUGCAAUAUCAAAAAGAAAGCGAAAGCCAGUUCGACCACCGCAGAACCAACAACAACCACAAAAGCUUCUACCACAACAGCAUAUACCACAACCAGACGAACGACCACAACGACUACUCCCGAAUAUGACGACUACGAAUAUGAAGACGAUAUUAUUGAAGACGAGGAAGGAGAAGUUGGAAUCAAACAUACCGAAGAAGAUCCUAGAGUCAUCAAGGAACUCAUAGAACUCAUCAAAAAAGCAGGAGGUAUUGAACAAUUGGAGAAACAAUUACGUUUAGAAGCUGACGGUAGCAUUUUGAACAAGUCUUCUGAUUCAACUACUCCUUCCACCAUUAGCAAAUCGUUGUAUGAAAGAGUUUUAAGCCGUAAGACUGCUGCCCAAAACGACAGAGCAAAAUCAAAUUCUAUUGCGUAUACUCUACUGAAUAGAAACAGCAGAGGUCCUCAAAACGAAGGUGUUCCAAAAGAAGCAACUGGAUCUUCCGUUUACUCUAAAUCAACGCCAAAAUAUACAACGAUCCAAAGGCAAAGACCAUCAACAGAAAAACCAGCAGAAGAAGAACCGAAAAAACCUUUGGAGAGCGAUGAUGAAGAAUACGAAGAUGAAGAAAUUGAGGACGAACCUUUGAACCGAGAAGUCACCGAGGCACCACUGUCGAAAUCAACCUUUAGAAGGGUCAAUCAUCCAGAAUACGUAACCAUUAGCAGAAGUAGACCAACAACAACGACUACUACUGCUAGUACGACAUCCGGUACAACAGCUUCAGAAGUUUCAGAUGAUGAUGACUCAAAAUCUGUAAGGCGCAGCACUACAGAAGCCACUUCUCAUGCAUCCCCAGAAUACGUGACAGUACGAAGGAAACGCCCAUCUACAUCCACAGAAUCUUCAACUCCGCAGUACGUCACCAUUCGUGACAGAACCACUACAAUUUCAAGUGCAGAAGACAAACCCAAAGAAAUAAAAAUUGAGGACGACAAGAUCGAGGAAUCUUCGCAGAAGGAAGCAGAACAAGAACAAACUACAGUUUCAACUGCUUCAGAGGGCGGAAACAGCAUAGAAGAUUCUAACUCAAUAAACGACACCACAGAUACAAAAGACCAAAAAGAAACUCCUACCACCACAACCACUCAAUCUUCUCCUUCGUCAUCAACAGAAAAAUCCACGUCCGAAUCUUCGGCAAAGGAAACGAAAAAUAUACCGCAACUUUCUGAACCGACUCCAUUCUUAAUAAGUAGACGAACACGACCGACCACCACGUCAACGACUACCUCAACUACCGCCGCAACCCCGAAGGUGAGUCCAAAUAUUUCAUCUAAUAGACUUAGAAAGCGUCCUCUAAAGCUCUCAAGUCCAAGACCAACCGUCGAAGCUCCCAACGAAAAAUUGGCAGCCAGUUUGAACUCACUCGAAAGUUCCAACGAAAAAAUUGACAAUGAUAAAUCGGAAUACGAAAACAAGAAGGCACUCCAAAGGAGAAGGGGAGGCAAUCGUUUCAGACUUCAGACUUUCGAAUCAGCAAACUCUCAAAUCUUGACUCCAAACCAAGUGGAUGGUUCCGAUCAAAUUAGAACGUUUAGGCCGGACAUUUCCGCCGAACUGGCUGAUCUAUCUUCUCUUACAGCUGUAGAUAUUGCGGUCACGAAAGAUUUCAAAAACAAUCAUCGUAGACGUCGACCUACAGCAACCAGUUCAACGAGUUCUCCAGCAAGCCAAACAAAUGAUAUCAAAAUAAAGACUCUUGAAGAUAAAAGGUUUUUAAAUAGGGAAAACCUACCAGGUAAUAAAGUAUCUUUGCAAGAAGGCGUUCCAUUACCCAUCAAAAGACGUAGACUUGCCAACAGGAACAACGAUGAAAACGCAGACUCAUUUGUUAGCACAUCAAACACACUAAUCAAUAGAAGACCUUUGGAAAUUAGAAACGAAACAGAAACUAGCACUGAAAACUUCAAGAGGAUUUCCUUUAGAAAUAGAGCUUUUCGAAGACCUAAAACAGAAACGAAUCCAUCUAAUAGUUCCAGUUCUACAGUCGUUUUGGAAGAAACGCCUUCGUUCAAAAUAAACUUGAACCAAAACGUAUCUACUGAUAUAAAUAGAAAUGAAGAACAGCCGAAGGUUGAAAGUUCUUCGGUAAAACCCAGAAGAAAAGUGAUACGACGUUUGUUACACAGAACGACUACGCCCUCUGUAGAAGAAAAACCAAUAACAACAACAACUGAAAGACAAACAACGACUGAAAGACAAACGACGACUGAAAAAAUUGAAACUACUUCCGUUGAAAAUAAAACAGACGAAAUUUCCCAAAUAAUAAAUGAAGGCAACGAUAACUCCAGUACGGAAAAUGUCAUCUCCAAUAGUGACAGUGAUUUACUAGAUGAUACAAACACCACCAACAGUACUGAUCAGCUGGACGACAAUGAUAAAAAGGAAACUGGUCCUCAAAACGAAGAGAAUAUUUCCGAUGAAGAGGAAGAAGAAAAUAUAAAACUAUCUGAAACUAUUAUAUCAGAAAGUAAAAACACCGAUUUUAACCGAAAUGACUUUUUUGGAGUAGGUUCCAAAAAUAUCGAUCCGUUUGGUAAAGAUUUACCUGAGAAAACUCUUAGGAAAGAAACAUUUCCCAUCUCUCAUACCAUUGAAGAUGAUGAUAAGGAGUCUACAACUGAAGGAAUUAAAUUUACCAGGAGAAGGAAAAUAAUACGUAAAUUUUCGACAACUGAGUUUCCAACGACUGCGGUUAGCAGCUCAAUUGAUGACUUUGGACAGAGAACACAACCUAAGAAAAUUAUACGGAGGUUGAGACCGCAGGGCAGCAGAUUCAAUUCCUUGGGAUUAAAUCAAAAAGUAGAAAAUUUAGAAAAGCCAGAAAUAGGUCCAAUUGAAGAUGACACAGAAUCCACAUCGAAGAAAUAUAUAAAAAGGCCAAGUCUUUUCCUACGAAAUAAACAACUCAGUGCCGAAAAGAAGAGCAGCUUUUCACUUGAAUAUUUAAACAGACCAUCUUCGACUGAGGCCACGACGAAAAGCGAUCUGUUCAGAAGAUAUUCUCGCCGUCCGUACAGUAGCAUACAAAGAACCGCGAGACCCCUUUCAUCCACAACUAUUUCUCAAGCAUCAACAUCUGAUUUCGAAAUUACAAGCAGUCGUUCCACAACUGCUGCUGCGUUUGAACAAUCUACAGAAGAAGAUGUUGCAGAAGUCACGUCAGAAACAAAUCCUUUGAUCGCAACAACCGAUGACAGCAUAAUUAACUUUUCUUCGACAUUUUCUCUUGAAGAUAUUUUCGCUGUUACUCCCACAACUGAAAGUAAUUUGGAUUAUUCUACUGAAACAGAAUCACUGGUGAAUUUAUCAACUGAAUCAAAUGCAGAAAGUCUUUCUACUACAGUUCUCGAUUCUGAAGAAAUUACAACAUUGAGGAAUGAGUUAUUGAAAGAUUUACAUAAAGAUAACGUUUUGAAUGAUACUGAUGUUUCUACGGAAUUGCCUGACGUUCCACCAACAACUACUACUGAUGUAUACAACGAAAUAUCAACGCUCCAACCUCCAGGCGAAAGUGAUGCUAAAACAGAAAUAGAAUCAGAAGUAGAAAAUGAAGAUCUUGGUCAAAAAGGUGAUAAGGAAAUGGAAAUACAAGAUAGUACUACAUUAUCUGAUGUUGAGAUGACUACAUCAGAAAUCGAUACUUCAACAAACUCUUCUACAGCAGCUUCAUCUACAUCGGAAACCACAACUGCUUCUACCACUACAACGACUGUCACAACAACUACUACUACUACUCCUAAACCUUUUAAAAAUAAGUUAUAUGCUCCGAAUUCACUUAGGCCAAAAUUGAAACUGACCCAGAAGUCAAACCCUCUAUUUCUAAAAAUUGCCGAUGACGAUAAAGACAAAGCGGGUGAAAAGAGACCCCAAUUUAGAAUAUACAACAGUAGAUAUGGCGGGGCUAGAAAACCUGUAACGUCAAGUAUUUUAAACGAAAGUAGAAACGACGAAGACGAAAAUACAUCGAACCAUGGUCGUGAAGAAAACGACAUCGAAGAAGAAAAUGGAGACAAAAUCGAAAACGAUAGCAACGUUUCCAAAGAAGUAAUAGAUGAUGAAAUUCCGAAAGAUUUAAAAACCAUAUCAACUCAAAAACCUCGUUUCGGCUUUAGACCAUCGUUUACUCGGAAACCACCAACAGGUUUUAAAGCCAAAACUUCCUCCACUACGACUGAAUCGCCAUCCUCAUCAACAGCUAACAUACUCAAAGCCUUAGACGCGAGAAACAAAUUCUUUAACAGUAACUCUCGUAAAUACAAAAAUCCUUUACACAAACAGAGCAAUAACACCACAGAAAGCCAUACUGAACCGCAACCUGUGACCACAAUUCAACCAAACAGCACAACUGGCGAAGUAUCUUCAACAGUUUCAAUCACAACCGACGGUAGUAACAUUACAACUGACAAUGAAACAACAACAGCUAAAUACCAUCACGUUUUUGAGGAAAAUGGAAAUGUUAGUAAUCCAUCAUUUGGAGAUAACGUCACUGAAGUAGUGGCCAAUGUUACUGAAGUAGCAGCACCCACGAAAAAAUUGGAAAAACUGAUAGAAGUGAAUAGAAUUGUGAAAGUUUCUUUGAAAAAAGACACCGAUGACAGUUCAGAAGCCAAGGAAGUCACCUUGUUACCAAGUGUCGAUAAGGUUGGCGUUAUAAGUCGAUUAAAAGUUGUAAAUAUCGUGGACGGUACUAGGAGUUUGGCUGAUGGUCCCACGAUUCAUGACCCUGCCUCGUCUCAACUCACCUUCGACCCUAAUCUACUAGCGCAAGUAGCCACCGAUAAAUAUCUCGCAGACCAGAUACACAUAGAUUCCAAAUCGAUGGUCCAUACGUUCACAGCAAAACCUCCCCAUAACUUCGAAAGUGCCACUAUACCACUGGAAGGUCUUUUCAAUUACAGACCUUUCAAGGAGGAAUCUGACAAGUUUCCUUUAGAAGAAGAGGAAGCUUUAGAGACAGAAAAUUCACAUAGGGUUACCGUAAGGGUUAUCCAACCCAAAGCUCCUGUCAGAGAGGAGAAGAAAAUCGAACCGUACAUGUUCGCCCAUCCCAUGAACAUAGUUCACGAAAAUGGAGCCCUAAGGGCGAAAGUGGUAGAAAUAACGCCGGAAUUUAAUUCUGAAACUAUCAAAAUCGCUCCGAUUGCGGUCUCGCUGGGUGAAAAAUUAUCCACUCAAAAUUCUAGUCAAAAGUCGAGCGACAAUUUUUCAGGCAAUCAUAGAGAGAACUCCACGAACACGUAAUGACUAAAUAAUAAAUAUUAAUUAAAUAUAAUUAGACUAUAAGUAUCGUUAAUGUUAACUUGUGUACAUAAAGCUGAAAAUAUACUUUGUAAAUAAUUUAUGUUGCACGUCUGCAUUAUUUUGCACGUUUGUUUUUUUUUUUAAUUUCCACCUGUAUACCUUCACUGUUGGGUGCAUUAUUCGUAGUGCCAUGGAUGCGUGAUUUUGUUUUGUUUUUUGUUUGUGUAUGGCCAGUGGUUUCCUUUUUGUAUUUUGUCAUGACCUUUUGUGUGAAAUAUAUGUUCUUUAAUUUCA